ACUACAGCGCAACGCAACUGAGUUCGAAAAAACGCCGUGUGCCAUUGCAACCCGAUUGGACUCUUGAGAUGCCCGAUAAUCUUUGGAUGAAAACCAAACUUUCGUAGUCGAGACCGCCGAGCUGCUAUGGCGAAACUUCCAAGAAGAACCCACGGUGCAUGGAUUGUGUUUAUCUUAGCAACAUUGGUCGUUGAAAUCAAAGUGACCGAUCAGCAGGCCUGUGUAGAUGACUUACAGCCAAUCUCAUGCCCCACGGCCAACGAGUACCUGUUUAUCUCCGAUGUCUUGGAGGUAUACCUGCAGAAUCUCGGCACACAUUACAUCCCAAACUGUCAGGAGCGGACAUGGAACACCAGCGACCAAUGCACAUCAAUGGGAGCCAAACAGUACAUUCAGGAAACGUGUCCUGACGGCAAACCAUGCGACAUGUAUAUCGACUAUGGCAAUGACUUGACAACAGUUAGCAACAUCUACAGGAUCAACUAUUUCUGCUGUUACAAUGAGCCCACUACAGCCCCACCCACGACUGCCAUGCCCACUACAGCCCCACCCACGACUGCCAUGCCCGCGACAGCCCCACCCACGACUGCCAUGCCCACUACAGCCCCACCCACGACACCCACAACAGCACCACCCACAACCACCACGCCCACCUCAGAACCACCAACGACCACCCAGCUUACGACCCCACCACCGGCUAAUCUCACGGUCAAGGCACCUUCCUAUGUGCUUUUCGAGUCAGGAGGAACUCCAGUCAAUAUCACUGUGGGGUUUUCUGCUGCUUUGAAAGGGGACGUCUUGCAAGAUGACUGCUCCAUCUCCUACGGUGAUGGCCAUCAAGCUGACUGUUUCUUGAAUGCCAGCCAGCCAGUAUUAAAUCUGGUUCACAUUUACCAAGCUGUUGGCUGCUUCCAGUUUGUCUUUAACGUGACGUCCUUGAGUACUGAAGCUCAACAAGAGAUAUGCAUUGUCUGGUCUUUGGAAGAUGCUGCCCUCUCAUUGGUUAUGGCCGUGGAAGGAAGCGAAGAUGCUGGAGUGUUUUCGGAUCCGGCAGACUUGAUUUUCUUUACUGGUCAGGUUCUGGUGUUGAAUGCAUCGUUAUCAGGCAGCACCAUUGCCGUAGACUAUCUGUGGGACCUUGGGGGCAACGAAACAGUGACUGAGUCUCCAACUAUGAAAUGGUCCUUCAGUGAAGCAGGCACAUAUGCAGCCAGUGUCGUUGCAUCUAACAGAAUAUCAAGCACUGGUCCGGUGACGAAGGUUUUAAAUAUACUCGACCCAGAUAACCUUCCCUGCAAUCCGUCAGACGUCCAUAUUACGGGCCGUCAAACCAACGCGUCUUCACCGCUGACUUUCCCACGUCACGUACACCUGUCGUUCCAGGGGCACACAGAAGUGCUGUGUAAUCUUACCGCCUUUCACGUCAGUCUUCUUUGGACCAUCUCCCAAGUGGAUGCCACUGGGAACGAGACUUCUGUUGCACUCCCCGAGAGUCUAGCAACCCACCUGCAAGAAAUCACCUUUCCAAAAGGGGCCCUCGAAUACGGGCUGCACGUGUUGCAGUUUGAAGCCGUGGUGGCAGUCCAUAGUGGAUAUGGCUAUGUAAUCGGCAGGGGAAGUGACCGUGUGUGGGUCAGGAUCUAUCCCAGUCUCCUGACGGCAAUCAUUCAGGGUGGGUCUGCUCGGUCAGUGGGCUACAGUUCAUCUUUGAUAUUGGACGGGGGUGGGUCGUUUGAUCCUGAUAAUUUCCUGGAGCCAACCAGUGGUCUGCAGUACGAGUGGUUUUGCUCAUUAGGAAAUGGCCAUGAUCAUGGAUCACAAGCGAUUCCCUGCUUUGAUGAUGAUUAUCGUCUACCCUCCACUGACUACUCCAUAGAGAUGGCAGCCAACACUCUCGUGCCUGACGAGAUUUACAGAUUCGUACUGACUGUGAGUUUGGCUGGACGGGGAAACUCUUCGGCAUCUCAGAGUAUCACUGUGGUGGCACAAGACCCUCCAAUGCUCAGCGUAAGUUGUCUGCAAAACUGUGAUGAAAAGCUGAGCAUUGGCGAGAGGGUUGUACUCCACGUGACAUCACCAACACCCUCGGUCAAUUUUGUCUGGGAUGUACUCACGCGAGAUAAUGUUCCGGACGAGGCAUUUGAUUGGAAUGAGCUGACAACAACGGGCAGAUACUCAUCGUAUCUUGUGAUUGUAGGCGGGACUUUUGAUGAUGGUGACUAUAGGCAACGAUCAGUAAGGGUGACAGGAUUCCAUCCUGACAGCCCACCAGGUUUUGCUGACUACACCUUUGAGCUGAAUGCACCACCCAGGAUAGGUACCUGCAGCCUGGAUCCUGACAGCGGCUACGCCCUGCAGACGCAUUUUAUCAUUGACUGCGUGGACUUUUGGGAUGAGGAAGGCCACUUGAUGUACACUGUUCGUGUGCCUCCAGUACUCAGCAACAAAGAUCAGGCUGCAUUGCAAUACCUUGAUCCUGUGCUGUACAGCGGGGCGGCCUCCACCACACCGUCUGUCUACCUUCCCCUGGGAGAUGAAUCCAACGGUUACCUGGUGACUAUUGCUGUGGAGGUUGCUGACAUACACGGUGCAUCUGUGCUGUUUACUAUGACCUCAGAAGUACGACCACCCGAAACAGUCAACCUGGGCGAUGAUGAAAGCACCAGCAACGUCCUCCUGAACCUGACCAGCGGCAGCGACUCGGAGCUACAGGAGUUAAUCAACCAGGGAGACUUCCAGACAGCGGUGCAGAUCAUUGGUGCCGUGGGCUCAAUACUGGAUAGCCAUCAUACCAGCGCAGGGCAGGAACAGGAACAUACUGAGAGUCUGAAGACCAAGGAAUUGAGGCAAGAGAUUCGCACCUCAACAGUGAAUACCAUAGCCGACAUGCCAGUUGAAUCAGUGGUCUCCCUACAGCAGUCAUCCUAUGCUCUGGUGGCUAUCACACAGGACAAAACAGAAGUCACCCAGGAAACUCAAUUGACUGCGGCCACAACUUUGGUCAAGAUGGGUGCCUUCCUCAAGGAGCAUUCUGUUGAGAGGACAGACUGUGAGAGCUGUCAGACCUCCAUUGACGAUGCUGCAUUGAAUCUCGUCUCAGGAUUGUCCAAUAUCUUAGAUGCCGCAGUGGCUAGUGUGGAUGAACUGACCAAAGUAUCUGCAGAAGAUGAUACUGUGUCCAGAAAUGAAACCACGCCAAUUGAUGAGGCGGAAGUUGAUGAUAAUGUUGUACAACAGGAGGCCAAGGAAAAGAGCAAAGUGGUUGCCAAGGCAACCCUGGCUGCCAUCAGUGAUGUGCAGGACGCCCUCAUUGUCAACAAGGUUCCAGGCGAGGAGCCCACAGUCAUCCAGUCACCGGUGCUGACAUUGACGUCUCAGAGGCAGGAGCAAGGCACCCUGGGUAAGACGUCCAUCGGCGUGACAAAGGCCGAGCCAGCUGGGUUCAUUCUGCCGGAUACUGCAUCCAUUGGAAGCAUCCUCCCAGCAAAUUACACGGAUGCCAUUGACACACAGAUGGUUCAGUUUGCCAUGGAUCCAUUCGUCUGGAGUGAAGGGAGUGAAGAUGUCACGUCUGAAGUAGUGGGGCUUCAGUUGAAGACGGUCGACCGACAAGAGAUUAAAGUUUCCAACCUACCUGAGGACAUCCAGAUCUUUGUACCAAAGCGCACUGUUACCCUGGCCAACAACACGCAGGUCACUGUCAAUCAGAGCACCACUGUGGUAGUUUCCUUUGAAGUCACCAAUCCCAAUGCCACCAUCAGUGUGCUAGCCUUGCCAUCAGUCGCCAGUGAGUUAUUGGCAUGCUGCUUGCUGUACCAGGGUAACGAAUCACUGGGAAACCUCAGCAAGUCAGACUGUUAUGUCAAUGUCACACUGCCUGGAGAGGAGUCUAAGUAUCAGCUGCCGGCCGAUGACGCAGAUCGUGAAUUGAAGCAGAGAUAUACGUGGAUGAUUGAACCACACUCUUUACAGGGUGAAGGCACGUACCACACAUUGUGCUCAGUGCCAGAUUCCACAGCAAGCAACCAGGACAGGGUACCAGCUGAGGAACCAGACACGUUGACGCUAUUGCUUGGUGUCUACAGCUCCCAGUGCCUGUUCUGGAAUGAGGAGGAGGAGAGAUGGGACGGUGCAGGCUGCAAGGUGGGGCCGUUAUCUUCUCCUGAGGUCACCCAGUGUCUCUGCAACCACCUGACAUUCUUUGGCUCCAGCUUCCUGGUCAUGCCCAACAAGAUCGACUUCCUAGCUGACACCAGACUCUUCUUGACCUUCCUGGACAAUCCUGUUGUGGUGAGCACGGUCGCUUUCAUCUUGGUGCUCUACGUCGGUGUCGCAGUGUGGGCACGCCGACAGGAUAAAGCAGAUACUUUGAAGGCCUGUGUCAUCACCCUUGAGGACAAUGACCCCUUUGCCCGAUACCGUUACGAUGUCACCGUUGUCACAGGCAUGCGCAGGGGGGCUGGCACUACAGCAACCUCUACCCUGACCCUCAUUGGGACUCAGGGACAGAGUAGGCCACAUGUCCUGCAGGACAAACAACGGAAGGUGUUGCAGAGGGGCGGAGUCGACUCCUUUCUCAUCACGACCAAGCAGAGCCUUGGGGAGGUGACGGAAGUCAGGAUUUGGCAUGACGAUGGAGGAGACAGCCCAGAAUGGUUUGCUAGCCGGAUUGCAGUGCACGAUCUGGAGACAGACGAGUGGUGGUUUAUCCUGUGCAAUUCUUGGCUAGCUGUGGACAUUGGUGAGGGUCUUAUUGACCAGACCUUCCCCGCGGCCACUGAGAAUGAGUUGAAAAACUUCCAGCAUCUCUUCUCCACCCGGACCAUCCGGGAUAUGCAGGACGGCCACCUGUGGUUCUCCAUCUUCAGCCGGCCAGCUCGCAGCUCCUUCACCCGGCUUCAGCGUGUCUCCUGCUGCCUCUCUCUCCUCAUGUGCGUUAUGCUGACCAGUAUCAUGUUCUAUGGAGUACCCACGGACCCUGCUGAGCAGACAAUGGACUUUGGUGCCUUCAGGAUUACCUUCACAGAGAUACUCAUCGGCAUUGAGAGUUCCAUCCUUUCAUUUCCCAUCAACCUUCUGAUUGUGUCCAUCUUCAGAUAUGCUCGGCCCCCUGAUGAGGGGAAAUCCAAACCCUACAAGACGAUUAAAGGCCCCCCACGUGUUUCAUCAAGUGGGACCUCUUCAUCUUUGUCUUCUUACAGGAGAGGAGAAAAGUCCUCAGACUCGGAAUAUUACACUUGUCACGAGACAAAUUUCAGGGAGAACACAUCCUCCUCUGGGUUUGUGCUGUCCACAGAAGAGACCUCUUGGGAUAUGCCAACAGACACAACGGCUAAUUCCACUGAAAAUACAGGAAAUUGGAAACCUGAAAGUUCUGGAAAUGAAACCACCUCAGGAUUUUCCCAGUCAACUCAGACAAUAAACUUGACAUCAUCCUCAGACAUCAGUGCAAAAUUCAGCCACAACAGAUUCCUGUGUUCUUGCUUGGACCAGAUCGUAGAUGACCUGGACCUGUUGUCUCCAGAGUGUUUCUCGUCAGUGGAGCAGUAUUUUCUUGCUAGGCAGGAGGCCAGAAACAUCCUGCUCACAGUUAUGACUAUUCGAACUCCGAGCUCCUCGCCCACUGACGCCAGCGAAACCAGCAGCCAAUCAGAGACGGCGUUCUGGAAGUGUUCAUUUAAGUUUCUCCCUAAUGGGCUCCCUCAUUGGUUCAUCUACAUCGGCUGGUUCCUGGUGUUCUCCACUACGCUGGUGUCCUCUUACUUCACCAUGCUGUACGGACUCAAGUAUGGCAAGAAACGCUCAAUUGAUUGGCUGGUGUCACUGGUGGUGUCCCUUUUCCAGAGUAUAUUCUUCAUACAACCCUUGAAGGUUCUGCUUCUUGCUGCCUUUGUGGCUCUUGUCAUGAAGCAGUGGGAUGCGGAUGAUGAUGGAAGUGAUGACAUUGAAGAAGGAGACGUUGAAAAUGCCGGUGCCAUCUACAAGAAGCUCUUGCACAAGUGGAAGGGCACCCACUACCGGCCGCCAAGCAUGACAGAGGUCAACACCAGUCGACAGCGUAAAGACAUGGAGAGGAAGAUGUACGCCCUCCUGCGAGAGAUUGUGGGAUAUUUACUCUUCAUCUGGCUAGUCCUGGUCCUCGCUUACAGCCAACGGGACCGCUACGCCUACUAUCUGACCAAGAACGUCAGAGAUGUUUUCUUCAGCAAUGAUGAGUAUGACUCGAUUACUGAUUUUGGCGGGUUUUACGAGUGGGCAGAUGUCACACUGCUCCCUGGCCUAUACGAAGGAGAUGCAACAACUGACACCAUGUCGUUUCUUGUUGGCGGGGUCCGGAUCCGUCAGCUCAGGGUCCGUCCAGAUUUAUGCGAUAUAAGCAGCUCCGUCACUGGCAUCAUCAGUAGGUGCACACUCUCGUACUCUCAGGACACAGAGGAUACUGAUACCUACAAUAAGUCAUGGACUGAACCAUUUGAUGAUCUGACAGCAAACGGCAGUUACCUUGAGCAACAGGAUAUCUGGAGGUACCAGCACAAUGUUGCAAGCAGUCUCUGGGGACACGUGACAUCUUACGGAGGAGGCGGUUACGUGGUCAUCCUGGGUCUGAACCAGACGGUAGCCAGGCAAGUGCUGAUGGACUUGAUGGCUGACCACUGGCUGGAUGAACACACCAAAGCCCUAGCCGUAGAAUGGACAGUCUACAAUGCUAACACCAACCUGUUUGUUGUGGUCACAUUUCUAACGGAGAUCAUGGCUUCAGGCGGAUUUGUCAAGACUACUCAUAUCCAGGCUGUUCGGUUCUAUCGGUACGUGGCCAAAUUCCAGCUCUUUGUCUUGUGCAUCGAGAUACUGUUCUCCAUGUUCGCAGCUUUCUAUGCUGUGGUUGAGGCACGGAAGUUAUACAAGGAGGGCUGCAGCUACUGGCAGGAUGGUUGGAACUGGUUUGAGAUUGCCAUAGUUCUCACGUGCAUUGUAGUCAUUGCAUUCUACAUCUACCGCCAUGUCUUCACAGAGAAGCUGUUAGAGAUCUUUCGGACAAAACCCGGCGAGUUCAUUGACUUCCGAGCUGCUGCCACUAUAGCAGAAGCCUUUCAGUAUCUGCUUGGCUUUCUGCUCAUCCUGUGCACCAUUAAGUUCCUGCACCUGCUCAGGCUGAAUCCUAGGACGUAUCUGCUGACAUCGGUGCUGAGUUCCUCUGCCAAUGAAGUUGGGGCCUUUGCUGCCUACAUCGCUCUAAUCAUGUGUGCCUUUGCUCUACUUUUCCAGCUCAGCUUUGGUAGGCACUUGGCCACCUACAGCACUCUUGUCUUGGCCUUUGAGUCCCUCUUUGCAUUGUUUCUCGGAGAAUACGAUCAUGAUGCGCUGUUCGAUGUCAAAGGCAUCACAGCUCCUAUCUUGGUGGUCAUCUUUCAAGCUGUGGCUACCUUCCUUCUGCUAAACAUACUGAUCUCUAUCUUGAACGGAAACAUGGGUUAUUUUAGGAGACACCAGGAGCCAAGUGAGGAUGGUAAAAUCGGCCUUCUGCUGAUCUACAAGAUACUCUCCUGGUUUGGUAUAAAGCACAGAUACAAGAUUUGAGCAUCGUCGAAAAGAGUGCAUUAUUUUCUGAAGAUGCCCUGUUUGGCAUUGAUUUUUGUCACAAAGAAAUCAAUAAUUUCUUGACUUUUGAAUGUCAAUUAAAACAAAUCUGUUACGAUCUUGUCAAACGAAAUAUGUAAUUCCUCUUCCCGCGCACAUUAUGUAAGUGUAACAUUACACUAAUCGUUUAUCAUUAAUUCGGCAUUGACGAUUUUCAUUAUUAAAUUCUACCAAAUGUUUUUUUUUUCACGCAAAGCGCAGGAGGUCUGCAGAAGUAUUUUUAAGACAAACAUGUAUUAAAAACUUGUCAUUUUCCUUGAAUUUCUUGCUGAUCCAGUAGGCCUAUGCUAUCUUAGAGGUUGUUUAUCGUAGUUGUCUAACAUCAAGUAGCAUAGACGGCGGUUGCUAUACAGGGUUAGAUUGAUUUCACAACUCUUUACAACAAUUUACAUUUUUAUUGACGCACUGACAUUCUCCUGUGACGUACAUCAUCAAAUCAAGUGACAAGUU